ACGCUUAACCUAACCUAAAAAAUUGCAUGAAAGUGUAAUGAUUUUAAAGCUUUGUUUGUGUUCCGUAAUAACAUUUUAGUGAACAGUGUCUCGUCAAAUAAUACCAUGCCUUAUCCAGAAUCUCCUUUUCAAGAAAUAUUCGAAUCAGAGUUGAUUACUCAUUCAUCUGAAAAGAAAUGUGGAAUGACGAUUUCAAAUGAAGAGUUACAGAAAAUUUUGAAAUGGUUGUGCUCUUUUCCAAAAAUCAGUUCGUACAGGGUGAAUACUUUGAAGUGCAUACCUAAAGAUGUUUUGGACUUGAUCAAUAAAUAUUGUGAAGAGGAACUGGACAAACAACCCAAAGUGGAAAUUCAUCCUUCACUUUCAAACGUUAUUAUUAUUAUUCAUAGUGACCCUAACGAAAGUAUCAUCGAGAAACACGAGAACGAAGUCAUCAUUGAUACUGAUUGUGCUUCUGCUGUAUUAAGAGGGGCUCACAUAUAUGCACCAGGAGUAAUAGGAAUGCUGUCAGGUUCACAAUUGAAUGAUAAGGUCAGUAUAUAUGCCGACACAUUGAAAAAAUGCAAAAAAGGACUUCAGAAAAAGUUUGAGGAACAAAAGAUUUUCAUCGGAAAUGGAAUUGUGAAGAUGCGGAGGCAUCAAUUGUUCGGAGAAAAUGUUAUACCAACUGGCAUAGCUGUUCAGGUAACAGAGACGAUAUCCGGAUGCCCUCCUUUGAAAGACGAUUUUAUCCCUUCGGGUUGGGCGCUACUCCAAAAUUUACCGUCUGUGUUAUGUGUGCUUGCACUCAAUCCAAAACCGAAUGAAAUAGUUAUAGACAUGUGCGCUUCACCAGGCAACAAAACUACUCACAUUGCGGAGCUCAUGCAAAAUACGGUAAUGUAUUUGAACGAAAUCAUAUUGAAAUAUUAUUGAA